GUCAACAUGGUCAACACAACAGACUUUGUCAUGUGGUGUAUUAUUUUAAACGUUUUCCUCGUUUUUCGCGUUUCUAAUGUUACAGGUCACGUCAUCUGUGAAGAUAGUAAAUCAAUCUUUCAUUGUCGUGAACUUUAAUUACCUCUUUCGUGCCGAGUCAUUCCGCAAAAUAUGAUGAAAUGAGAAAUAACACGGAAUUACUGAGCAGCGAUAGAAGGGCUUUAUUUCUUGGGAUGACUGAAAGGUUUUGAGGCAUGGUUCUAAAUUUAUCCUGAUCCAUCUAAAGAGGUCUCUGGAUUUAGACGAUAGAAACGUAUCGCGUGUAUCGUGAAAGACGCAUGUACAACUUAUUGUUCUAAAUACCUUGGUUACUCCCUGUGAGCACUUAUCAGUUAUCUCUGGACAUCAGCUGUACAGCUGCAUGUAAAAAUGGAAUUAACCGAGAUUAGCAGUACGUUCUUUUCGCAGUGGGUAGAGAGUUCUUCUUCAGAUACAAAACUGCAUAGAGAGGACUCAAAAACCUCUAAAGGAUCCAGGAAAAUAUCAAGAUCGAGAAAAACAUCUAGACAAGAUUCGAGAACUUCUGUCUCCAAACUCUACUUACCAAAGGCAAAAUAUUCUGAAGGUGAAUUUAAAGAAGCCUUACAAAUAUGGAUACAGCAUCCAGAACACGAGGAAACCAUGCAGUUGAAGAAAUUAGUUAGACAAGGUGUCCUUCCCAAACUUAGAUCUGAGCUGUGGAAGGAUUCUAGCGGUGGAGCUGACAUCAUUUUCAACUCUCCUCACUAUUAUGAAGAAAUGAUCGAUGACAUGGGUAUUCAAGUACCCUCCAGUAUUCCUUCAACUAUUUUCAGUGGAAACAGAAAUGUUCCUUCAUACCUAUUAUCACCAGAUGGAGAGAAGACCUGUCUAAAACUCCUUUAUAUCUUGUCUCAUAUGCAUCCAGAUAUCCAAUAUGCUCCUUUAGUUCCACCAUUAACAUCUCUGUUUCUUCAUUUCAUGGAGGAAAAUCUCUGUUAUACUUGUAUGUCCGCUAUAGUGAAUUCUCAUCGCUCUAUGUUGGACCAAAGUCAGAGAGCAUUUGCUGUGAUGGCAAAGACAUUCCAAGAUUCUUUGAAGUCUUAUUUUAUGCCAUCUUACAAGCAGAUCAAGGAAUUCAUUGAAACAGCAAAGGGAGAGCAGUUGCCUAAGAACACCAUUCUCAUUCCUGAUUGGCUUAUCUGGAUGUUCCAUUACAUCGAUUUCUGGACACUGGUUUACAUUGUUGAUAGUUUUGUUGUCCAAGGACCCAAAGUUUUUGUGCGUGUUGGUUUGAUUGUAUUCAAUCAGUUUGCAAAGUUCAUAGAACAGGAAGCAGAAGUAUCAGAAAAUGGAAACCUAGAGGAUCUGUUUAAACAGUUUGCAUCACUAAUGCCUUUGAGGGGAUACAAACUUCUUCAGGCAGCUUUCAGAAUUCGAGGUCUUUCAAGGAAACAACUAGAAAGACUGAAAAGUAAAAAUAUAACUUUACUUGAAAAUGGAUUGUUGGAUGUUCCUCAACAGACCUGGACACCAGUUCAGACUCUGACAGUGUUUGUAGUUAAAGGUUCCAACUUGCUGUCGUUACAAGAGUGGGAGUUGCUGUCAUCUUGGCUACCGGAAAGGUUACGCAUUAAAAGACCUGUUUGCUUGUUCACUACAGACACUGAUGGAUGCAGUAUAAGAACUUUGUACAACAAGUGUGAGGGUGACGAGGAGACAGUACUUCUAGUCAAAUCAUCUGUUGGUGAGAUCAUUGGAGGCUUUGCCACUGCCAGCUGGAGCGAAAGAAGAGCAGGACACAGAACUCUUACAUAUUUUGGCACUGGGGAAAGUUUUGUUUUUCGGCUGAGUCCCAGGCCUGUUAGAUAUUUAUGGAAAGGACUACAGAAGAAGGGCCCUGGUACCAAGGAUUUGUUCAUGGCUGGAGAUGACAAAUGUCUCAUGAUUGGGGGAGGGGGUGAUAAUGCCAUUUGGUUGGAUAAUGAGCUUUGCAGGGGGCACAGUGGUCCAUCUGAGACAUUUGGCAAUGAACAACUCACUGAGACUCAAGAUUUCCUUUGUACAAGAGUUGAAGUGUUUGGUUUUUUUUCAGAAAGCUGAUCACUGCUCAGCACUAUGACAGCUAAUUAGUAUAUAUAUAAAUUUGUAGAUGUCACUCAUACAUAUUAUCAUUUUACUGUUAUCUGUGACAUGAUAAUUUUCAGAGUUAAUCAAACUAGUAUUUGCCAACAAAAACAAUAUUUAGUUUGAUCUACUAGGUAGCUUUUGUUUCCAAAAUGGAAAAACAAUUAUGUGAAUUUUUUCGCAAACUCUUUAUCAGGUAAUACUCACAUUAGAUCCUUCUGGAGCCCUUAAAAUGUUUUAAGCAAAAAUCAUAUAUUAUGUUAAAUUUUAAUUAUGACAACUAUGUGGCAAAUGCGGCUUUCUGUUACAGCUGUAAAAUUAUAGUGUAAACAUGCAGUUUUAUAAAGCAAGGCUUAUUAAAACCCAAAGCUUGAUUUUAUCAAUAAUUGAAUUUUAGAAUUUUUUAAUUAUUUAUUAGAUAUUAUACAGUGAUAUCUUGAGUAUCUCUCAAAGAACUUGUUUGAUUAAUUUAUGAUGUGAAUGUGGAAAUCAGAAUUGAAAUACAGCGGUAUGCAAGAAAUGAGAUUUCCUACCAAACCAUUUUAUUUUACUUUAAAAAACUUGAAAAUUCUAUUAAGUUUUAUUUGUUUGGUAUAAAUUUAUGAAAUUCAUAUGAGUAUGCAGUAUGAUUAGAUAGAUGACUGGUUCCUCUUGGAAAUUAUUACUGUAACAGUACCGUUGUAUGAGAUAUUAGUAAAUUUUCUACUCCUGGGUGUGUUUAAGAAAAUCUUAUUGAAUUGAAUCAGUGUUGUUUCAGGGGUUGCUUAUGUAACUGUAGAUUUCAAUGUUGGAUUACAUGUAGUCCCAAACAUUGAAACUUGGUACUAGGUUCUUUUUUUAAUUUUUUUUUAAAGGGGAUUUAGAGGAAUGUUUCGUAUACAUGUUCUAAAAAACUUUUGUAGGUGUUAAGCAUUUAACUGUAUCAUUUUCAGCUGAAAUGAAUUAAAACCACGUUCAUUUCCAUUUGAA